UCAGUACGACAAAAACUGACCCUAGAUCAAUCUGGUGACUGGUGGUGUAAUGAUCCAACUCGUUUUCAUACCAUUCAGGUUCCCGGGUGCUUCUGUGGUGCCUGGUGCAUGGCGGUCUGCUGGAGAAAGAGCAUCUGUAGCUGAGCAGAAGGAUGGAGAGUUUGGGAUUGCAAGCUGUUGCCCUCAGUGAUGGCUCCACAGCCUACAUUGAACAAGCCAUCAAAGAUGGCAACCUAGUGGAAGGCGAUACUAUUCAGUUGGAGGAUGGUACUACAGCCUACAUUCAGCAGGUUACUGUACAGCAGAAAGAGCCCCUGCCCUUUGAGGACGGCCAGGCAGUGCAGCUGGAGGACGGGACCACGGCAUACAUCCACCACACACCCAAAGACGGGUAUGAUCCCAGUGCGGUGGAGGCGGUGCAGCUGGAGGAUGGCAGCACGGCGUACAUCCACCACCCCUCGGGCCUGCAGACUGGCAGCACCAUCCUGACUUUGCAGCCAGGGGGUGGCCUGGAGGAGCUAGCUACAGACGACACCGUGGACACAGACACCAUCACCACCCUGGAGAACUACGCCAAGAUGACGGGGUCUGAGGUGGAGGUGGAUGAGACCAUGAGCAGUACCAAUGGACUGCAGGACAUAGAGCCUAUUGUACAGGUGAUGGGGUCGUGGGGUUCCCCUAAGGGUCAGCAGACGGCUGAGAAGACAUUCCGCUGUGACUACGAGGGCUGUGGACGUCUCUACACCACAGCACACCACCUCAAGGUGCAUGAGAGGGCUCACACAGGUGUCCGGCCAUACAGGUGUGAUGUGUUGACGUGUGGAAAGGCGUUUGCUACAGGUUACGGCCUGAAGAGUCACCUACGGACACACACUGGAGAGAAACCAUACAAGUGUCCUGAAGACAUGUGCUUCAAGGCCUUCAAAACCUCCGGAGACCUCCAGAAGCAUGUCCGUACACACACAGGUGAGAAGCCGUUUAAGUGUCCGUUUGAAGGUUGUGGUCGUUCCUUCACCACCUCUAACAUCAGAAAAGUCCACAUCAGAACACACACAGGAGAACGCCCCUACAUGUGCCCUGAACCAUCCUGUGGACGAGGCUUUGCCAGUGCUACCAACUACAAGAACCACAUGAGAAUACACACAGGGGAGAAGCCCUACCUGUGUACAGUCCCUGGUUGUGGGAAGCGAUUUACAGAGUACUCCAGCCUGUACAAGCACCAUGUGGUUCACACACACUGCAAACCUUACACCUGCAACCACUGUGGCAAAACUUACAGACAGACCUCCACGCUGGCCAUGCACAAACGCACCACGCACGGAGACUUUGAGGCCACAGAGGACGGGGAAGAAGCGGUGGAUGACCAAUCACAGGCCUCCUUCCUGGAGGGGGCGGAGCAGAAAGAGGAUGGGUCGGAUUCCCAGGUUAUCAUUGGUUCUCAGGUGGGUCUGUCGACAGAGGACCUACAGGCACUCAGCACGGCCAUCACCAUGGUAACGCAGGACGGCACAACCAUUUCCCUGCCGACCCACCAGACAGACAUGGCCGCCAUGGGACACCACCACAUCACCAUGGUUACAGGGGAGGGCAAGGAGUUGCAGCCGGUUGCCAUAGUGACAUCGGAGGGUAUUAUGACAGGCGGCUUGCAGGGCUCCGGCCCUCACUACCAGCAGGUCGCACUGCUGGCCACGGCUAACGGCACCCAGAUUGCUGUUCAGCUGGAGGAGCAGCAGACGUUGGAGGAGGCCAUCAGCAUGGCGACAGCUGCCAUCCAGCAGGGAGGGCUGGUUCAGGACGAGGACACAUGAGGGGAUCUGCUGAGACACACCUACCUCCCCCAAACAGAGCAUCUUUCCCUGGGUACGACACGGUACCUGCUUAGCGCCAACCAGCUCCACAGCACUCCUGGAGCCCUGUCUCCUGCAACAGGCACAGAGUGAGCAGAACUCCUAUCUCGGAACCAAUCAGAGAGAGACUCCGAGAAGCUGUUGUCAUGGAGACUGGCUUUAGAAUGUUCAGAUGUGAGCAUGAGCAGAUUGAUCUUUCUUUGUUUGUUUUAGCCACAAUACAGUAGCAUACUCAUCCUGCUGCUUCUGAGAAGCAGCACCUGCACUAAAGCUAGCUCCAGUUUGAUUUUACCUCUAGUCUUCAUAAUCAUGAUACAAUAAUGGAUAAAAGCGUCUGCUAAAUGGCAUAUCAUGUUACAAUAAUGGAUAAAAGCGUCUGCUAAAUGGCAUAUCAUGCUACAAUAAUGGAUAAAAGCGUCUGCUAAAUGGCAUAUCGUGAUACAAUA